UGUACCUGGACAGCCAUAUUUGGAUGAGGCCUACAGAAGUGUCUGUUUUCAAACUUUCCUAAGUAUUCUGCAGUCUUUGAAAACCCCUGACAUGGAUGAUAUCACGUUUUGCAUGUUGCUGCAAAAUGCACUGAAAGGUAUCCAGUCACUUCUAAAUGGUGGGAAGAUGAAGCUAAUGCAAACUGACCAACUUGGAUCCCUUCUUGCGGUGUUAAAGAAAUGUAUGUUCCAUGGACUGCCAGGACUGAGCAUAGAAAUGCCUCCCGCCUUGUACCCAGCUCCGUUGCCUCAGUACGAUAAAAGGUCGCCUGUCAAACAGGAGCAAUCCGAGUUGGCUGCCUUUAAGCAAACAGGGAACCGGAGGAAAAAGUCCAAAGGGAAACAAAAGAAGGAAGAGUCUGGGGAAGACACAAAAGAAGAUUUGGCUGCUACAGGGAAUGAAACAGACAUGCUGAAAUUACAUGUGGAGGAUGUGCAGAAGAGUCCAUGUUCCAAUCCUCGGAGUCAUACAUUAGAUGUUGCAAACAGGCCCGCUGAAAAGGAUCAUUUAUCUUCACAUUACAAUAAUUGGAAAAGAAUCAGCAGCAGUGAGUCGGAAUAUUCUGAUGCUGAAGGUGGAAUUCAAAGCAAAACGAGAUCUUAUCAAGCCAAAGUUCGUCAGGGGGCUCUAACCUGUUUCCUCUCAGCUAUAAAGUCAAUAGAAAAAAGAAUUCUUUAUGGCUACUGGUCAGCAUUUGUUCCUGAUGGGCCUGGUAUUGGCAGCCCCCAGUCGGUGUCUUUGAUGACUAUUGCAUUAAAGGACCCCUCUCCAAAG